AUGGAAGCUACAGCCGAGGUCACUCUUGCUGCCAACGAGCGACUAGACCAGUGGACAGUACCGUCGUUCCACAUUGACAGCGUCGCGCAUUUGGCAGAAUUUAUCCUGAACGGUGGAAACGCCCUUGAUCCCCGAAAGAACUUUUAUGUCACACCGGGCUGGAAUUCCAUGCGCUUUGCCCGGCCAUUGGUGGCUGACGAUCGUUACGUGAGCUAUGUGAAGAUGAUGCCCAUUCACAAACAGCCCGGACUUUUUGAGGGCAAUGUUGUUGGUUUGGUUGAGGGUAUCACGUUCCGCUCUUCCCCCCGAAUGCUUUUGGAUGAGCUUUCCAGUCCGCCUGGUCUGGAGGAGGUCUCAUCGUACGAAGAUGAGAGUGAAAACGGUGUCAGCUCAACCCCUCCUACGCGAGUCUCUUCCCCAGAUUAUUCUGCAGUGAACCCAAUCGUCCAACGGGCUAUGGUCUUGAUCUCCACAGAAACGGAGAUUGACCUCCAUGGGCUGACAGACGAAACGGAAUUCGCCUCAAUUGGUGUUGACUCACUACUGUCUCUCGUCUUGGCACAGAAGUUUGGAUCGGAAUUUAAGUAG